AAUUAUCGCAAUUGAUAAUGUAGCUGACUUAACAUUGACUAGCCUAACCAAGCUGAGCCGUUUUAAGAGUCAUGACUAAUUUAUGAUUACGCUCUCUACAAGUCCAUGGAGAUGACUUCGUCGUUCUUCAUCUUCGUAUAGUUUUCAUGCUUUGAGUCAAACCUAGUGACCAAAAAACUCAUUACUAGAUCACCAACAAAAAUGGCGAAAUCAGAGAAACACAAGUUAGCGCAAACCUUAAUCGAUUCAAUAAACGAGAUCGCUUCAAUUUCCGAUCACCACACACCGAUGAAGAAGCACUGCGGAAACCUCUCUCGGCGAUUGAAGCUUCUUAUUCCUAUGUUGGAAGAGAUCAGAGACAAUCAAGAAUCGUCGUCGGAAGUUGUGAAGGCUUUGUUAUCUCUUAAGGAGUCGCUUGUUCCUGCUAAGGAUUUGCUUUCUUUCGUUAGCCAAGUUAGCAAAAUUUAUCUGGUGUUGGAGAGAGACCAAGUGAUGGUUAAAUUUCAGAAAGUGACGGCUCUAUUGGAACAAGCUUUAAGUGGAAUCCCUUAUGAGAAUCUUGAAAUUUCAGAUGAACUUAAAGAACAGGUUGAGCUUGUUUUAGUUCAGUUAAGAAGAGCGAUAGGAAAAGGCGGCGAUGUAUAUGAUGAUGAGUUAUACAGGGAUCUUUUAUCUCUUUACAGUGACAUAGGCAGUGUAACGGAGUCUGACAUGCUUAGGAGUGUGGCGGAGAAGCUUCAGUUGAUGACUAUAACUGACCUUACGCAAGAGUCAUUAGCUUUACUUGAUAUGGUUAGUUCUAGUGGUGGAGAUCCUGGUGAAAGUUUUGAGAAGAUGUCUAUGGUUCUCAAGAAGAUUAAGGACUUUGUGCAAACUGAUAAUCCUAACUUGGAUGAUGCUCCGAUGAGACUGAAAUCAAGGCUUCCGAAGUUACAAGAUGGAGAUCAGGAUAGGCCAGUGCCGCCUGAAGAUUUCCGUUGUCCAAUUUCUCUAGAAUUGAUGACGGAUCCAGUUAUUGUUUCUUCAGGGCAGACAUAUGAACGUGAGUGCAUUAAGAAGUGGCUUGAAGGAGGACACUUGACGUGUCCAAAGACGCAAGAAACGCUGACAAGUGAUACCGUCACACCAAACUAUGUUCUAAGAAGCCUUAUAGCUCAAUGGUGUGAGUCUAAUGGCAUCGAACCUCCAAAGCGUCCCAACAAUUCUCAACCGAGUAGUAAAGCCUCAUCUUCCUCCUCAACCCCUGAUGAUGAACAUAACAAGAUUGAAGAACUCCUACUUAAGCUCACAUCGCAACACCCUGAAGACCAAAGAUCCGCUGCAGGAGAAAUCCGUCUUCUAGCAAAACAAAACAACCAUAACCGAGUCGCCAUUGCUGCAUCAGGCGCGAUCCCUCUUCUGGUGAAUCUCCUCACGAUAUCCAAUGACUACAGAACUCAAGAACACGCUGUGACAUCGAUUCUUAAUCUCUCGAUAUGCCAAGAGAACAAAGGAAGGAUUGUUUAUUCAUGUGGAGCGGUUCCAGGUAUUGUUCAUGUGCUCCAGAGAGGCAGCAUGGAAGCUAGAGAAAACGCAGCAGCUACACUUUUCAGCCUCUCGGUUAUAGACGAGAACAAAGUGACAAUAGGUGCCGCAGGAGCGAUCCCGCCUCUUGUGACCUUGCUGAGCGAAGGAUCACAAAGAGGCAAAAAAGACGCGGCGACUGCUCUGUUCAAUCUCUGCAUAUUUCAAGGGAACAAAGGAAAAGCUGUGAGAGCCGGUUUAGUGCCCGUGCUAAUGAGGUUACUAACAGAACCCGAAAGUGGAAUGGUUGAUGAAGCACUCGCUAUAUUAGCCAUACUAUCCAGUCACCCGGACGGGAAAUCAGUGGUUGCUGCCGCUGAUCCAGUUCCGGUUAUGGUAGAUUUUAUCAGAAACGGGUCACCGCGAAACAAAGAAAACGCAGCUGCAGUAUUAGUGCACUUGUGUUCAUGGAAUCAGCAGCAUUUGAUUGAAGCUCAGAAAUUAGGGAUUAUGAGUCUUUUAAUAGAAAUGGCUGAGAAUGGUACUGACAGAGGAAAACGCAAAGCGGCACAGUUACUUAACCGGUUUAGCCAUUUUAACGACCAGCAGAAACAACAGUCCGGUUUAGGUGUGGAAGAUCAAAUCUCUCUAAUCUGAGUUUAGUUUAGCGUUUAAUGUUUGCUUAUAUACAUUCACAGUUUUCUCACAUUUUUUUUUCUUAACCAAACUCAGACGAAAAGAAUCAAGAUUUUGAAACCUGUAAAUCACUUUUCAUCUUUUAAUUUACAUUUUCUCAAUU